UGCUUUUGAUCUUCACCAUAACCCAUCUUCACCCAUUGUAACUUUCUUCUGAACUUGUAGUCAAAGGAACAGGCCUCAGGCCUCUAAAGCUUUCAUAGCUUGCUUCGCCCACAGUAAAACCCUACCAAACGCCCGUCGACGACCGUGACAGAUGGCUCAAUACGUCCCGAAAUGGGCGGCGGGCUCGCACUACGGCCCCGUCCUGACCCAAACAGACCUUUACCUCCUUGCGAGCGCACAGCCGCUAGAGCUGCAGAUUAACCCUAUUUUGACGAAAUCGAGCCCCGAUUUCAGUCUGGUGUUUAAUCUUUGUACUGGCUCCACCGGCGGCUUCAGCGAAUCCGCAGACCGCGACCUCCCCUUCACCGCCGUCCACGAGCCGGCCACCCUCCCCCGCGUACAGGAAAUCGUAAUCAUAAGCGAACAUUCGCCCUGGUGCACGAUCGUGAAGAAUGAAGAUGGGGUGACAUUGGGGGAUAUAUGUAAUCAGAUGUGGAAGGAUUACACCGAACAUACCAUCACCGAAGGAGAGUUCACUGCCCUCCCGCCACGAUUGCAGGAGACGGUUAAACGUGCGAAUGCUGUCAAUGGAGGUUGGGGCGGGCCUGGGCAGUUUUAUUCGCCGGCGCCGAAUCCGGGGAGGUAUAAGAGAGUUGAUUGGCUCCGCGACAGACUCUUCUUCGAAUCGAUGGGUAGGGACCAGGGCGAUUAUAUCAAGUCACGAUUGGGGUAUAACGCCCCGAAUAUAUUCGUGGUGAAGUUGACGGCCUUCUGAGCGUGCGUGCCAGGAGGGAGGAGGGUGGGAGGGAGUGUGCGUUUGUGUAUUUGCUGUGUCGUGAAGCCCCCCAGACUGUAGAGGCUCGCUCACAGUCUAGUGCUUGGUGUCGUAGAGUCGUGGUUGUCGCAGAGUCGUGGGUGUCGUAGAAUUGGUGGUCGUGGUGGACGGAUGGAUGGAAUUGUUGUAUGCUUUCCCCCGAUGUAUUUCAUCCCCCGAUUGUUGUUGUCGUCGCUGUAUAUCUACCCUUGCGUUCUAUCUCGUUUCA